UAACUGUCUGUCUGACUGGCUCCCGUGCUGUACUUUUUCCCGCUCCACAAUGACCUCUGCGCCAGAAGAAUAUUCCAGCUGGACACCCCCCCGUUCGCAAUGGCAGUCGAGGCGGGGCAAGACGCGCACAGUGCCGAUGAAGGUGCUCGUGCUCGGGUAUCCGAGAACUGGGACAUCCUCCAUGCGUAAGGCGCUGCAGAUUCUAGGCUACGACGAGGUGUACCACAUGGAGUCGGUGUGGGCCAACCCACACGACGCGGAUCUCUGGAGAGAAGCGUACCACACGAAAUAUGUCAAGGGGGAGCUUGUAGCAAGGGAGAAAUGGGACGAGAUCCUUGGCCACUGCGAAGCAGCCACCGAUGCACCGCCCAUGAUGUACGCGGAGGACCUCAUCGCCGCCUACCCGGAAGCGAAAGUCAUCCUCACGCUCCGUGACCCCGCCAAGUGGUGGAAAUCCUUCUCCUCCACUAUAGGGAACAUGUCCAACAACCUCACAUUCGUCUUGGCCCUCAUGGUCGAUGUGUCCGGUAUCAGACACUUCGCCGCGAUGGCGCGAGAGAUCGGAUUGCAACUGAACGGGCCGAAUCCGUCCGCAGAGGAAGCGCAGGCCCGCUUCGUCGCGCACUACGACCGGGUCCGCGCAUUGGUACCCAAGGACCGGCUGCUCGAAUUCGACGCGAAACAGGGCUGGCAAUCGCUCUGCCCGUUCCUCGGGGUGCCGAUCCCUGAAGGGGGUGAUUACCCGUACGUUAAUGAUAGCGUGGCGUUCAACGAACGUGCCACGGCGACCGCCAGGGCCGCCCUCCGCCGUGUUGCUGGAGAUCUAGUCGUUCCUGUACUGGGGUUGGUGGCGGUUGGAUUGGCAGUGUACGCCCGGGCGUCGAAGAUUGCAUUCGCCUGAAUCGCAGGGCGCUUUGUAUCGCAGUGGCUGCUCCGGCUAGCGGACUGACAGUGGAUCAUUAUGUUCCAGUUCCAUUGAAUACAAGAACAUCUUUUCCGGUGUCCAAGUCAAACGUUUAGCUGUUGCGAAGUGAAUAAGCUAAGAGUGAACUGGGAAUUCGAGCGAGUAGAUCUACGCGGUCAGGGGGUUCCGGGGCCGUGCUCACCUGACGCGAUCGGCGUUUCGAACCGCUGUGUUUACUCAACUGCAACUCACACGACCCUUGAAUAUUCUGACCAAUAGAGUCCUGCGGCCUUAUUGUGUGGCUAACUUGACUUGAAUAGCAACACCUCUCGUUAUCCCCUUCUCUCUGCUCGCUCGCAAAUAAAGCAUGUCAUUUUUC